AUCUUUUAUCUGUAAAGUUGAUUUUCCAUUUACCACCCCACCCCAUGUCUUAUAGACUGACCCAGUACCUCUGUAGUCUGUUUUUCAUAUGAUACCAUUAUACCAAGGAAUAUCCUCCUUGAUUAUACCAGCAUGUUUGCAAGGUCAGGUAGACUUUCACUUUCCUUUAGGUGCUGCUUUCCACUAUACAUGUAUAAUCACCAGCAUUUGAUUCACAGGAAAAAUGAUACCUACAUGUAUAAUGUACUGUUUGGUACAUGGAAUUGGAGUUGUUUCGUUGCCUGUAUGAGGAUCUAUUUGUCAACUCUGUCACCGUGUAGAGAUUUGGAUUAUUUGAUGUUAUAUCAGUCAGACUUUUUAAGGAUUGAGGAAUGGUUUUGAGUGUAUGAGCUGGGAGCAUGUCUUGCCUAAUCUAAGAAGGGUGGAGAACCGCGAGUAUGCUUGUCUAAUCUUCUCUCACACUCCUACCCUGCCUUCGCAUAAUACACACUCCCUAGCACACACACACAUCAAGCUUAGGUGGAAAAGUGAUUUCCCAAGAUUUUUCUUCUGGCUGCUUUUGUUGUCUGUGGAAAGAGGAAGUGUUCCACCAUCUGUGGUGACCUGGUACGGUCAUGAGAGGUCAUGUAAGGUCAGACUGAGGAAGGAGAGUGACACAUUCACCAACAAGGUCAGAAAACACCCAUCCUAGCUGAAACAUCCUAUCAAGCCAGCCAGCCAGCAUCCAGCCAGUGCUAUAGCUAGUUAACCAGCCUUAUCUUUUAUACCUCACAUGCACACAACCAGAUGGUGCUUCAUUCUUCAUCUCUAUACCAGCAGACACACACUCCCUCUGGCUAUAAUUGAACACUUUCCCCCCAUUUUUAGCUACCAGGAAGUUAUACAGCACUAAGCAUGGCCGGUCUCAGGUGCAGACUAGAGGUUCAACCAUGGCGGAGGGGGAUGGGGUGGACGACACUGUCUAUGCUGUGAGGGUUCACCCCGGUUCCGUUGAUCCUGACAGGCAUUACGUAGUCAUCCAGGCCACCAAGCAGACUAGUACCACAGAGCUUUUAGAAGCAUUGUGCUGUAAGCUCGCCCUUUCCAAACCUGAGGAAUACUGUCUAUCUGAGGUCUGCCAAGAUUCAGGACAGAGCUGCAAGGAGCGCCGGCUUGGUCUGGUCGAGUUUCCUGUCAAAGUGCAAUUACUCUGGCCAAAGAUUGUGGUGGACAGUAAAGUUGGUGACUCCACUGAUUCAGGCACCUUCCAGACAAACUAUCGUUUCUUCUUACGUGGCAUAAACGAGACUCCAGGAGCACUCCCAGACAUGUCUGACAUGAAGAGUAUAGACUCCUUUGUGAGCGGGUACUUCCUGCAACCCUCUGCAUCUGGUGACUGCCAUGACCUAUGCAAACUGCCCGAUCUCAAUGAAAAAACACUCCUGGACAACCUGUCAGCAAGGUUCCGCAAGGGCAAGAUCUACACAUAUGUUGGAUCUAUACUAAUAGCAUUGAACCCAUUCAAGUUCUUCCCUAUCUACAACCCAAAGUAUGUCAACUUGUAUCAGAACCACAGAUUUGGGGAGCUUCCCCCGCACAUCUUUGCAAUUGCAGAUGCAGCGUUUCAUACUAUGCUCCAGGAGAAACAGAAUCAAUGUAUUGUGAUAUCAGGAGAGAGUGGAUCAGGGAAGACAGAGAGUACUACAUUGUUGAUACAUCAUCUGACAGCACUCAGCCAGAAAGGAUAUGCCAGUGGUGUAGAACAGACUCUUCUAGGAGCAGGCCCUGUGCUAGAGGCAUUUGGGAAUGCAAAAACAGUUGUAAACAACAACAGCAGUCGCUUUGGGAAAUUCAUACAAAUCAACUACAGAGAAAAUGGCACUGUUCAUGGUGCCAUUGUUGAGCAGUACUUGCUGGAGAAAUCACGCAUUGUGUCGCAGGCGGCCAAUGAGCGUAACUACCAUGUCUUCUAUUACUUACUCAAAGGUGCUAGUGAUGCAGAGAAACAAGCAUUCUGGUUGGAUAAACCACAGGAAUACUUCUAUCUUAACCAGAGUAACUGUUACAGUCAAGAAGGAGUGGAUGAAUCAUAUGAGUUUGGUCGUCUCAAGCAGUCUAUGGAGAUGGUGGGCUUCUCGAAGGAGACUGUUAAGAGAAUAUUCUCAGUGCUCUCUGCUGUUCUUCACAUUGGCAACAUCAAUUUCCGCAAGGCUAGUGAGCAGGACUACGUGACAGUGAAGAACAUUGCUACAGUGAAGGUGGUUUCAGACCUACUCAAAGUAAAGACAGAGACUUUGAUGUUAGCACUCACCAAGAGGAAAUCUGUGGCAAGGGGAGAGCAGUUCUUUGUGCAAUAUAGGAUGGCUGAGGCCAUAGCGACUCGUAAUGCACUAGCGAAGGGUUUAUACUGUGCAUUGUUUGAGUGGAUCGUACUUCAGGUCAACUAUGCUCUCCUGUCUAAGUAUGAGGUCAAAGGUGAACAUCAAGGUAACUCCAUCGGUGUGCUAGAUAUCUUUGGCUUUGAGGACUUUCAGAGGAACAGCUUUGAACAGUUCUGUAUCAACUUUGCCAACGAGCAUCUCCAGUACUACUUUAACCAACAUGUCUUCAAGCUAGAACAGGAGGAGUACAAGCGAGAAGGCAUUGCAUGGAAGGACAUAGAAUUUAUAGACAACACAGGAUGUCUGUUGCUCAUUGAGAAGAGACCUACAGGCAUUAUGCACAUUUUGGAUGAUGACUGCAAUUUCCCAGCCAAAGACACAGAUGGUAGCAACCUACUGAAUAAGUUUGUGAAAGAACAUUCUUGUAAUGAAUACUUCCAGCAAGUACCCAUCCAAGAACAUGCUUUCAUCAUUCAACACUACGCUGGCAAGGUCAAAUACAACAUCAAGGAUUUCCGAGAAAAGAACACUGACCUGAUGAGGAUUGACAUUGUGUCAGUGUUGAAGAACAGUAGACUGGCAUUCGUUGGAGAGCUUGUAGGCAAGAAUCCUGUAGCUGUGUUCAGAUGGGCUAUACUCAGAGCAUUCUUCAGAUCGGUUAGUGCGUUCAAGAUCGCAGGGUCAAGCCACAGUAAAGAUGCAACUAUAAGAGGGAAGAAGCGACCACCCAACCUCAGCCUAAGCAUUGAUGGAAAGGAUGAAAAUGUUCUCAGCCUGACGACGCGUGGGGUAUCCCCCCUACUAACCAGCCCAAUGUUGUUUAGUCCUACAUCUCAUCUGAGCCUGGGUACACUGAAGCCAAAUCUACUCUACCGGGAGAAUUAUCUCAGGGCCUCCAAAGUGGUCAAAAGAAAUCGAUCAUUCCGUGGAGCUCAAGUCCAGCCCUCUAAGAGUCUAAGAGAUCUGAAGUCAGUGAAGAAGAUUGCUGGACGGUACUCUCCAAACCGUAGGAAAUCCAAGAAACAUCCCCCCACAGUGUGUGCACAGUUCCAGUCUUCAUUGAGUAAGUUGAUGGAUACCUUGAACCAAGCCAAUCCGUUCUUUGUUCGGUGCAUCAAGUCCAACUCACAGAAAGAGCCAUGUCGUCUGGAUGAAGAACUCAUCAUGAGACAGCUACGAUAUACUGGUAUGCUGGAGACUGUCAGGAUAAGACAGUCUGGAUAUAAUGUCAGACUCAAAUUUGAGGAAUUCUGUCAUAAGUACAAAGUGUUGCUACCAAAGCAGAUGAAGGCUUCAGCCAGAGAGAUAAAGACAUUCCUUGUAUCUAUGGACCUGGAUGCUACCAACUAUCAGAUUGGCAAGUCAAAGGUGUUCUUGAGAGAAAGUGAGAGAGUAAAGCUCCAGGAAGCACUCCAUGCCCAUGUGCUCCAGCGUAUCUGUAAGAUCCAGUGGUGGUACAGAGGGCUCCUAGCUAGGAGACGCUACAGGGAGACAAGAGAAUCCAUUAUCAAACUACAGGCAAAUUGGCGAGGUUAUCUUGAUAGAAGGAUAUACUUUGAGCAGAGGAAGGCCGCAAUUACCAUUCAAGCAUUGUGGAGAAUGGUACUAGAACAGAGACAGUACCAGAAACUAAGGAGGGGUAUCCUCCUGUUGCAGUCAAGAACAAGGGGCAUGAAGGCAAGAAAGAGAUGUAUAUUACUGAGAAAGGAGCAAAGCGUGAAGCCUACACCUGUGAAGACUCGCUUGAGAAGAGGAGACGAUGAUGAGUCAUCUUCGCAAGUCAAGAAUCGUGUUAGGAGGACUGAUGAUGUCCAUUCUGCUAUCAGUGAUGAGGGAAUCUUGACAACAGAUGAUAUCGAGGACGAUCUCUAUGAGAGGAACAGAACAACCACAAUGGAAUCAGAAGAGAGCAGUGGAGUCCAUGAGGGAUCCUUGGGUUCAGAUGAGCUCCUAUUAGAUGAACCAACCACUUCACCUGGUCCCUCCCUCACCCUUACCGGUGGCCUGCAUCCCUCUUCUACUAGUUUGACAAGUCCUACAAGUCCCAAUGCACUGCUCUCACCGUCAUUCAAUGAUGGUGUCAACGUUGAAGUAGGACCACCUAUUAGUCCCAUUCCAGAUGUGUCCCCUCUCAGAAGAUCUCUUGCAAGACAAACUAAGGUGAGGGACAUGGCCCGUGAUUACAUGGCAAGGGCAACCUCAAGCUCACGCUCAUCUUCCCAGGAUCGUAAGAGUGAUAGAGACUCCUCCAGUGAACGCCCCAACAAACAAACAUCGUCAGACUCCUCCAUGGAGAGCAAUACAAGUCCAAAUAGAACUCCUCAAACUGUUGUAAACAAGCUUGAUAUUAAAGCACUUGCCAUCAAGAAGCCUAUGCAGGGUGGUAACGUAGUCUCACGGACAGAAUCAAUGCAGUUAGUAGAUCAGCUGGCUGAUCUACAGAGCGUCAUUGACUCUCUAGAAGAGACACCAUUUGGAAGAGACGAGGAGGAGGAGGAUACAGCAGGGGAGGAGAAGGCGACAGUUAAGGCAGCUGAGGUUAAUGGAGAAGAGUUGGUUGUCUUAGCAACAGAUGACAUCAUCUUGGAAGAAGAUGAUGAUGCGGAGGAGAUGCAGAUGGAAGAAAGGGAUAAGGUUCAACCCAUUAGACCAUCACCACCACUUAGUCCAAAGGGAAAGGUUGAUUUUGUUGUAGGCAGGCCUUCAUCUGUAAUCUCAGAUUCAUCAGCCACUGAAGAUGAGGUGGUUCCUACCUCACCUAGAUCUCCACUGUUGUCUGACCAGGAUAGCAGUCUUCCACGAACUCCAGAAUCACCAAGCGCACCCCCAAAGAAUCUCUUCAAACGUUACAAGCACAACUUUAAGUUUAAGCGACGGUUCAGACGAUCACCAUCGGACCAGACUCUACUCAUCGAGGAGCAGAGUAGCAUCAAGAGUAACUCCAGCUCCAAGUCUGGUGUCCUCAAUGACAAGACCAACGAGAAGCAGUUAACUGGUGAGAGGACACCACCACAGCAACAGAAACCCCCUUCAGGGAGGAAGAAUUCUGGAACAGUGAAUUCACCCCUUCCUAAAAGAACUCGUACUAAUCAGGGUAAUAUUAAUUUUCAAGGGAUGUCACAGUGGAGGUAUCCUACAGAUCAACUCAUCAAUGAUGCUCAGGCUCUGGAACAGAUGAAUGUCUUCAUCCAAUCUAAGGUAAAUGAGAUGGGCCAAACGUACAGUCAGGUGGAUGUCGUCUUCAAGAAAGCGCUCAAGAAAUUCAGGGAAAACCUCAUCAGUACAUACUCAGUUACCUUACAUGAUGGUAAUGCUGUAAACUUGCAGUACAGACAUCUGAUGUCCAACUUUGAGAAGGUCCUGAGCAUAGUAGCCAAGCAGUAUGAAGAAGCUAACAACACCACCUUCCCUCUCACAUUGGGUAUCAAUGCCUUCAGGGGUUUCUUAGAUGAGUUCAUGCAUCAGUAUAAACCAUCAGACAAUCGCAAAAAGGUGAAAGAACCAAAGAGAAAAAAGGAGAAGAAGGAGGAAACCUUUGAACACUUGGGCCAUAAGUUCCUAAGCAUUCAGUUAGGUAUUCACACAGCAUGUGAAUUGUGUGGGAACUUCUUGUGGCUCAUGGAGAAAGGCUAUGUAUGUCAAGUCUGCAAGUACACCUGUCACAAGAAGUGUUGCUCAAAGUCAGUUCAGAUCUGCCGUGGUAAGCCUCAGGGAGUGAAAGGGAUGGUUAUUGGUGCUAGGUUAGAAGACCUUGUCAAUGAGGAGAUUCGUAUCCCCAUCGUCCUUGAGCGCCUCAUCACUGCAGUGGAGGUCAACGGCCUCUAUACGGAGGGUAUCUAUCGUAAACCUGGUCCCGCUGCCAAGGUCAGGGAAAUCAAACAUCUCAUUAACAGCGAACCAGAUGUUGAUAACAUAGACUUUGGCAGCUACAGUGUGCUAGUGAUUGCCCAGGUAUUAAAGUCCUUCUUCAGGGAAAUGCCAGAGCCUCUCCUGACAUAUCAGCUGUAUGAGGAGUUCCUGAGGGCUACAGAGAUUGUUGAUAAACAUGAGAAGCUACAGUCAUUACAGAGUAGUAUUGAGAAGCUGCCUCUUGAGAAUUAUGAUGCUCUAGAGAGACUUAUCUUCCAUCUAGCCAGGAUUGCAGAAAAUGAGAAUACUAAUAAGAUGUCUGCUAGUAACCUUGCCAUAGUCUUUGCUCCAUGUAUCUUGAAGAGUAAUAAAGUUGGUAAUGCCUGGGAAUCAUUACAAGACGUUGAGAAACAAGCACAAUGUCUUGAGAUCAUUAUCCAUGAGAAGAUGUUAAAGAUGAAGAGAGCCUUGCAUGAUAUAUCAACUAUAGAACGAGCUUUUAACUCAGCCUCACUGCAUUUAACAGAUAUACGUAACUCAUUGAUCAAAGCUCCUGUAGACUCAUCAGCUGAUUCAGGACAUCUGCCCUCCACAGACUCGGUAGCAGCUCAGAGUAUAAACUCAUCAGAGGGAAGUCAUGAGCUAGAGAAUGCACUCACAGAACAGAUGAGGACAUUAGAAAGAGAAAAGCAUGAUCUGACAGCUGACCUUUCAACUCUGAACGUUUGUCCGAUAGCCAGCGAAGACGAUAAUUUAAGUGCAGAUGACCUGGAUGCUUCCAGUGUUGAUGACCUGGACUCCAUCGUUCAUCAGGAACGAGUGACCUUUGACACACCUGCCUCACCUUCUAAACUAAGCCAUCUGAACAAGAAUCGGGCACCGAAGCAGAAGAAACGUCCUCCAGCACGCUAUUCUAUGCUUCUGGGCCAAGAUGAGGCCGACGCAGCACUAGCAUCAUCCUCAUCACCAUCCUCAGCGACACCAGAGGCACAGGCUCCUCAAGAGAAGAUUAAAAAGAAACGAGGAUCAAAGGAAAAGAAACCAAAGAAAAAGGGAAAAUAUAACAAGAAAACUGAUGCUAAACUGGACGAUUCGGUCGUGGAAGUAUGAAGAAUGUUAUUAAUUUACAAGAUGUUGUUAAGGAUACGACAUGCUUUGUGAUGUCAUAGUUUCAUCAGAUUGAUUUGAGUGUGUGAAAGAUGUACGUGAGGACUGAUACACAGAGUAUUCUGCCCAUCUUAUUUGACAGUCUUGUGUAGUUUCUGCAGAUUUGUAUAUAUCUCAAGUUACUGCAACUCAUUUACCCUCGAGCCAAAUAUAUGUCUUGUUUCUGUCUUGUGAAUGUGAUUCCAUUCUACAUCUCCAGGAGAGAGAAUGAGGAUACAUGUAUUGAUUAUAUUUUCUUCUUUUUGUCUUCUUAAUAUAUUGAUGCGAGGUGUGAAGUAUAUUCCAACUCAGAUGAACUACAUGUACCCAUGCUGUAUCAGUAUUAUAGAAGAUACCAACAGAUGAUUUAACUCGUUUAGAAUGGUUGCAAAUGGCAAUGCUGAUGCCUUUGUUUCAAAUGCUUGAAUAAAUGAAUUAACAUUUAAUUACUUUGUUCAGGCGUCAUCUAAACAAAAGCCCAAAAUGAUUGGAUUGAAGCUUUUCCCACAUGUAUCUUCUAUGCUGAAACAGUCGAUCAGUGAUUUUCAGCUAGGAGUUUAGAAAGUUAUGUCCUUUGUACAUGUAAUCUAUUAGAGAAAAUGUAACUUAUUCUAUUCUUCUACAUGUAUUUUAUCUUGUUUAUAAUGACUAAUAUCUUGUAACCUUUUUGAAUACAUGUAGUAUAUGGAGCUUUGACAUACAUGUUCAUUAACAUGAAGUUCCAUGACCUAAUUUUGCAUUUGAACGUAAAAGUGAGUUAGGUAUUUGACAGUCAUUACACGUAAACUAGAGAGUAUUGUCAGAAAAUCCAUUGCAAACCAUGUACAUUUUGAAAUCUAUAUGUAUAUCAAGCGAUUUUCAUGACGUCCGAUUUUCAAACUUUGCAAAGUUUUGCCUUUAUCAUAUACAAGGUACAUUAUAGAUUUUGAAUUUCUUUGAUUUGUGCAGGGUGUGCCAUUAUUGCCAAGAAUAUGCCUUUGAUUUGUGCACAGUAUAAUGCAGCAGAAAUGUCAUGACAUUAUUGAGGUCUUUUUUUUUCUCUCUCUUUUGUACGUCUAUUUUUCUAUUUGUAUCUUUAUUUUCAUCCCCCUGUUCUGUCUCCCAGCCCCCCCCCCUCUCUCUCUCUUUCUCGCUGUCUCUCUCUCUCUUCAUCUUACUUCUCCUCUCUUAUGUUAAAAAUAUUUCAUCUGCAGCAAUAUUAUUGUGAACUAUAAUUGUUAUACACGGGACAUACAUACAAUUUGUCACAAUUUUUUUUUUCUCUCUCACUGCAGUUAAAAACAGCAUUAGAUAUAAAGUCCCAAUCACAUGAAAUUGAAAGUGAUGAUGUGAACUACUUGACUGCUAGCUUCAGAGAUGCACAUAAUAUAUGCUCUAUAAUUCAAACUUGUGUCUCUUUAAAUAGCUAAACCAAACCGGCUGUUAACAAAGACAAAUACAUGUACAUUACAUGUAAAUAAAGUUGUCGGCAGGUUGAUUAGUGAAUACAGUAGUCAUAGCUAGUCCAACCAACAGAUCAAACAUUCAUUUGUAAUAUUCCCCCAUGCUAAAAGUCCAUUUUAAUAGUCAUACUCAGAUAGAUGAAAGAGUUGAAUGAAAAAGAAGGUUGUUUGGAACAUACAAAGCAGAAGAAAUCUGUUUCAAAUACUGUCUUAAAGGGCCCCCAGUCAGAAAGUUUUUUUUUUUGUUUUAAAGGAAAGUUUAAACCAAGACUAGCGCUGAAGCUUUUGUAUAACAAUGCUUUUUCUAAAAACCAACCCAGCUCAUGUUGAUUUGGACUCAUGAAGCCUUCCUCCAACUAUUUUCCACUCAAAUUUCAGGAUUAUACAUUCGUAGAGAAAAAUCCUGAGAAACUCAGUGUUCAAUCAAAAUGAUCUGCUAAAAAAAAAAAGAUUUAUUGUUCACUGAACACUAUAUACCCUGUCAAUCAGUUUUGUUUUCAUUGAACAAUGCUAUGAGCUAUGCCUAUGGAUAGUCAGACAGCCGUAUUUUUUAAAAGAGCUGUUGGAAAGGAACAGAAGUGCAAUGAACAGCAGACAUACAUGUACAUGUAUAUUUAUAUGUAGCUGUGCACAGUGCACUCGCAGUAUUAUUAUGAUAUAUUUAUGCACAUUUCUUUCAAACAGCAUCUGCUGAGAGGAAGAAUGGAUGUUAUCUUUUAAAAACCUCAGCAGACAAAUAAUAAUCAAGUAUGUGUAUGCAAAACUCUAAGAACAUAUCCUUUACAUAAUGUAAUGUAUCCAAUAGUCAGGCACAUACCGGUACAUGUAUGUCAUAUUUAUUUUCAUGUGAUUUCUCUUGCCAAUAUGAGUGUGUAGUUAUUCUUAUGUAGAAUACUUCACUUUUCACACAACUUUAGAGAUUUAAAUAUGAUUACCUUUUUAGUCACUACUAAUAGAUUUCUCCCUGUGUUGUUUUUUCACAAAUGUAUUAAAAUUUUGAAAUGAAACGCCCUAUAUCAUCAAAACAAUUUUGUUGGAAUGAUUUUCCCCCUUUCAAGGCACUUUCAACUUCCAGGAAAAUGUAACUUGGAACCAUGGACGAGAAUGUAUGGUUCACAUAGAAUUUGCAUCAUAUUUAAAUGGUUCAAAGGUUGAUAUUAUUUCCUUAUAAAACGGCUAGGAAAUAAUAAGUAAAUUUUCAGGGCAUUCAUAUGUAAAAAUGAACCCUUUUUUAGGGGGGUCAAGUUAUGAUCCCUCACUGUUUAUGUUGAUAAAAGUUGUUUGCAGAUAUCAGCUAUUACUUCUUUAAAAAUUAAUCAAGAGUUGAAAAGAUAAAAACAAAUAUUUACUUAGCAUAUUUUAUGCAAGAUUGAGGUUGGACAGAAAUUUCAUAUACAUAUACACUUAUCUGAAUGUGUAACCACAAAUGUCUAUAUUUCAGUUCUAAAGUAAAACGGAUAUAAAUGAUGGGGAUCAUUUGUUCAGAGUUGUUGUGACUGACUGAGGUCACUUGUUCAUUCCCACCAUAUGUUCAUCACCGUCUUCCUGGAACUUUUGCCAAAGUAGUUUGUUAGAAUUUAGAAAUCAACUCUCUAUAUUUCAUGUUUUUUCUGUUGUCUGAUGUCUGAUGUCGUACCAUAGCUGACCAUAACCUGUUUAGUAGUGAUAUGGCAAUACCAGUCUCAGUCUCAGAUUUCUUUUUUUAUAUCUCAGUAAUAUCUUGACUCAGAUAAUGUAAUGUAAUAACAAUUUUACUCCUUGUCUUGGUAUUUAGAGCCUAUAUAUUUGAAAACAAGACUAAUCACCAUUUGACAUUAAGACUUGAAUGAAUGCUUUAAGAUGACCGCUUGAAUGACAGUGUUGUAUGUACAUGUAAAUGAAUAGAUAUAUUUUAAUGUGUACCUGUACAUGCAAACUAUAGAAGUUACAAGUUACAUUGUAGAUUAUCAUGGUCCUAGACAUUUGUACAUGUAUGUAUGGACCGCUGUACUGACAAUGUGUGAACAAUCAUUAGUCUCAAUCGUUGUGAUCAUACAUUAUCAUCAUCAUCAUCAUCGCCACUACUACCAUAUCAUCAUCAUCAUCAUCGCCACCAUCGUUAUUAUCAUGUAGUUCUGGAUCAAAAUAUAACUCGAUAUAAAAUGAAAGCUGCCCUGCUAUAAGGGAAUAUGUGCAAUCUCAAUACAAUUACAAAUCAAAUUAAGAACUUGUAGUACAACUUUUAGUUACAACUCUUUUUUUUUCUCUUCACAUUGCAGAAAUCAUUUAGCAUAGUUACAUAUCAUAGAAUUAUCAUUAUGGUACUUGAUGGAGCUCUUUAUUCAACAAAUAGGCCUAUUGUUUACUCUUUUAGAUAGACCCGAUUAUUAAUAUCUAACAUGUGUAUGCUAAAGAGAAGUGGACUUUUAAAAGA